AUGGCAAGAACUUCGUCGGUAUGUCUAUUGUUACUAGUAGCACUAAGUGCGGUCUAUGAAGUGCAAGGGACAUUUUUAUUAAGGCAUUACCUAAGGAAAAUUCCCAGAAGGUCCGGAGACAUUCAGCCAUUCGCUUGCCAGGGUAUGCUGAAGUUCGUGGACGUUUUGGAGCUUAAGUGCCCAUUGAAGCCAGAAUACAAGAGCUUCUUCGGAAAGCUAAGGUCUUACAUGAGUUUCAUAAGCUCGGCGUCCGGGUCAAAAAACUUUGACGCCAACUUGAAAGGCCAAGCUCAGGGCCUCCAGAGUGCUAUGUCUGCAUUGGGUGGUAAAGGAGCAUCAUCGGCGGAUACCAGCAAGGUACUGGAUGUGUUAAUGACAAUGGGAAGGACUUUGAGCCAGCAAAAGAGUAGCGGUUCAACGGAAAUGUCAUUUGCACAAAGGAAAGAGUUGAUCAUAGACAUGGUGCAAUGGGCACGUACGAUCGGUCAAUUCGUUGUGGGUGCCGCAUCAAAGAGUGGAAGCUCUAUUGAUAUGUCAUCCCUAGGAAUUGAUGGCGUUGAUGCCAAUGCCGAUGCCGCAGCUGGAGGUUCUCCCUCAAGUGGUGUAAGCCCUAGUACCGGAGGAGCUGGAGGCUCUACCGAUACUAGCUCUGGAAUCGGAGCUACAGGCUCUACCAGUACCAGCUCUGGAACCGGAGCUACAGGUUCUGCUAGCGCUGGUGGAAACUAUACCGCUGGUGGGAGUGCUUCAUCUAACACCCAGUCUCCCAGCGGUGCAAGUGCACCUACUGGCUCCUCAACCCAAGGAGGAAGCUCUUUUGGUCGCUCCUUUUCAGGUAAAACAGGGUCAGCUAGUUAUGAAGGUUCUGUCAACUAUCAAUCAGGCCAGAAGGCUUCCCAACAAUCCACCUCAGGCAGAUAA